GUUCGCCUGCGGCCGCUUUCGCUGGCGCUUUGUUUUUGCAACUGACCGCUUAUCUUGGGGCGGGGGCUGUCAAGUGGGCGGGGCAGGAGGGCCACAGGCAGAGGCAUAAACAACAGCAGCGAGCAGCAAAACAAAUCAAUUAAAGACCAGAAGGAAAGUGCAUUGAUAACUGAGCCCGAAGUCAAACUCACGCACAAGUAAACAAUUUAAAUACGAACUAAAAUGCAAACACAGAUACAAAAUACAGAUAGAGAUACUGAACAAACACAGAUACAAAUACUGUGAAGGCGACAAUGUACAUAACCGAGGGGUGAUAAGAUCCAAAACGUCGAUGACUUCUUCAUCGGCAAAUACACUGAAAAAAGCUGUUACUAAUUAUUAAAAAAUAUGCAAUAUAAUAAAAGACCAGACAUGGCGCGUCUGCGGCUUCUAAUCGGUCUUAUAUUCUGCCUUGCGAUCAGCUUGGAUUCGGUGCUUAGUGCCCCAGUGAUCAGCCAGAUCAGCAAGGACGUGGUGGCCAGUGUGGGCGACUCUGUGGAGUUCAACUGCACCGUGGAGGAGGUGGGACAGCUCUCGGUGAGCUGGGCCAAGCGUCCCAGCGAGUCGGACACCAACUCGGUGGUGCUCUCCAUGCGGAAUAUCCUCAGUCUGCCCGACCAGCGGUACAACGUAACGGUCACCGAAGGACCCAAGACCGGAAGUGCCAUUUACACCUUCCGCAUUCAGAACAUCGAAGUCAGUGACAUGGGUCCGUACGAGUGUCAGGUGCUUGUUUCGGCCACGGAGAAGGUGACCAAGAAGCUGAGCCUGCAGAUCAAGACCCCGCCGGUGAUUGCGGAGAACACCCCCAAGAGCACCCUGGUGACAGAGGGACAGAAUCUGGAGCUGACCUGCCAUGCCAAUGGCUUUCCCAAGCCUACGAUCUCCUGGGCCCGCGAGCAUAAUGCAGUGAUGCCUGCCGGUGGCCAUUUGCUGGCCGAACCAACUCUCCGGAUUCGUUCCGUGCACCGGAUGGAUCGCGGCGGCUACUACUGCAUCGCGCAGAACGGAGAGGGCCAGCCGGACAAGAGGUUGAUCCGGGUCGAAGUGGAGUUCCGUCCGCAGAUUGCCGUCCAGAGGCCCAAGAUCGCCCAAAUGGUGUCCCAUUCCGCGGAGCUGGAGUGCUCCGUGCAGGGCUACCCGGCUCCGACUGUAGUUUGGCACAAGAAUGGCGUGCCCCUGCAGUCUAGCCGGCACCACGAGGUGGCCAACACCGCCUCCUCCUCGGGAACCACAACCUCUGUGCUGCGCAUCGAUAGCGUGGGCGAGGAGGACUUUGGGGACUACUACUGCAAUGCCACCAAUAAGCUGGGACACGCCGAUGCGCGACUGCAUCUCUUCCAGACCGUCAUCCCAGUGCCCUCCUUGUCGUAAUAAGCCCUCAACGUCUGAUUUCCAUUCCCACGCAACAAGACUGGAACCCUCACUUUCUCCUCUCGUCUCGCUUUUUCGGCAAUUCGCCAGUCCGGAUGCGGUCUGUGUUUAUAUUAUUAAUGAUUCAUUCAAUUAGCUCCCAUUCAGACUUCAUUAUUUUCGGACACACUUGAGAUCGAGCCACCGCUUGUGCCUUAUGAAUUUUGCUCUGCAUCCGUCGGCUUGUGCAAACACACAUUAAUAUGCUUAAGUAAAUAACGUUCUCUGAUAAAGUUUAAUCGGUCUUUUCCUAUGUGGUUGGGUUGGCUUGUAUACGGUGUAAGUUAAAUACCAUGAGAGAAUAAACACCUCUUGAAGCAACGAAUUAAAGGGUUUGUCAUUCAAUAAAACUAAGCCAGGAGACAAGGCAUUGUCAAAAGU